AUGGCCUGGCGCACGGCCAUUCGCGCCGGCCGGCCUUUGCGGCCCCAGCUGCGCCUCCGCGCCUACAGCACACAGAGCAACUCGACGUUCUCCUACGCGGCGCGAGUUCUCAGCGACCCCGUCAUCGAAACGAUUGCUCUUGCAUCGCGCAUCACGCGAAUCCUGCUAGGCUCCGCCCUGGUCGUGGGUGGCGUCACGUUGGCGUCGUGGGAGGGGAUGCACCAGUACGUGGAGCGAGUAUCUAUGCCGCAGGCAGCGCCACAUGUGGCGCCCAGUCUGGAGGGCAUGGAUAGCUUCGACUUUGCCGCGGACGACCGGCCUGACGCCCUGCUGCACAUUCGGCAUACAGACCCGCGCCUCGGCAUCUUUGGCCGGCACAUUGUGCGAGCGGCAUGGAUGGCCGAGCACUGGGGUGGCGGGAUUGCUCCUGGUAUUUUCUUCGGCGACGGAUCUUCGCAACGCGUGCCUGACGCGGUCGACCACCACGGCCUGGCCAUGGCGGAGACGUUCCUUGCGAGCGCUGUUGACCUGGCUGAAAAGCGCCACAUGUCUGUCCCCGACUUUGCGCAGCCUGGCACGCCCCUCGACCCAACGGCCGUCUCGCUGGAACUGUGGCUCGCGCAUAUCCGCGAGAAAAUGGGCUCCCCGGUGGCGCUGACGCGCGCGGCCAGUGCUUGCGAAAAGCUGUUUGACGCGUCUUCAGAUCCCGUGCUGCGCAGAUCCCUGGCCACGCGACUCGCCACGCAGUGCAGCCGGCUCGGCCAGUGGGACGAGAGCCUUGGCUGGAUGGACCGGGCGAUGCAGGAGAGUGCGCACCAUACCCUCCAUGCCACCGUCGACAAGCUGCUCGCGCGCGAGUCGCUGCUGCUCACGCCGCUCGAGACGCGCCAGUCGAUUGAGGCGCUGCAGGCGCUCUCGGCGCUCCAUGUCCGUCAGGCGACCUCAGCGGCAGAGCCGGAGCGCGCGUUGCUCCAGGAAGCACUUCGCAUGCAGCUGGCGGCUCUGCGCCUCGCGCAGACGUCCACGGCCACGAGCCAGGGCGCGGACGGCACGGCCGAGCGACUGCAAGAGCUAUGGAUCCAACAGAGACAGGCUGUCCUGGCCAUGCAUGUCGCAGAGACUCUGUACGCCCUGCACAAGGAGGCCUGCGCCUCGGCGGGGUGGUGGCCAAGGCUGUCCCACUGGCUGGGGCGCGGUUCGAGGCGCCCUGUGCGCCCCAGCGACUACAUCUCGAUGGGCGCGGACACCGCACCUGCCUGCCAUGGGCCCCACGCCGCAUCACAAGAGUGGCUGUGGUGCGCAAGUCAGCGCGCCCAGCAGGUGUGCCGGGAGCUGGGCACGACAGACUCGGAGAUGCGGCCAGUGUGGAAAGGACCGUACCAGACGACCAGCACGCGUGUUUUGGAGCAGGCACAGCGCACGCAGCAGGAAGCAGAGCUUCUUCUUCGUGCGCUCCAGAAAUAG